GUCUUCCCCACAUAAACAACACACAAGAACAAAGAAAACAAAUUAUAAAAACCUAAAAAUCCUUUUCUUUUUUUUUUUUUGGCAAAAAAAUGGUCAUAUAGGGAAAAAAAUCCUUUUCUUUCUUGUUAGAAAUCCUUUUCUUUCUUGUUAGAAAUCCGUUUGCAAAGAAGAAGAUAUGGGAAACAGUUUACGGUGUUGUUUGGCUUGUGUACUUCCAUGUGGAGCUUUAGAUUUGAUCCGAAUCGUACAUCUCAACGGCCACGUCGACGAGAUAACUCGUCCGAUGACCGCCGGAGAGAUUCUUCAGGCGAAUCCUAACCAUGUCUUAAGUAAACCAUGUUCUCAAGGAGUUGUACGUAAGAUCUUGAUAUUGUCCCCUGAAUCUGAGCUUAAGCGUGGAAGCAUCUAUUUUCUUAUCCCGGAUACUUCUUUGCCGGAGAAGAAGAAGACAAAGAAGAAAAAGGAUCUCCGACGCCGAAGAAAGACUCUUAAAAACGUCAACGGCGAUAAUAGUGAUCAUAUGGUGAGUACUGAUAAGGAUCUUGAUUUGACGUUGUGUGACAAAUAUUUGGAAGAUGUUAUGUUGUCGGAGAAGAGUUGUUCGGCCGGUAAAGAGAAUCGUCAUCGUCGUAGACAUAGUCGAUCGGCGUCGGUUUCCACGUGGCGGCCUCACCUUGAUAGCAUCGUGGAGGAUCUUAAUUAACUAGUAGUUUUUUGUUUCACUCUUCGUUAAUUCUGUCUCUAUUUUCUUAAAUUCUUUUUUUUCUUUUUAGAUCUGGAAAUUCGGAAUUUAUUUAACAUCCCGGAGAGAAUAUAUUCAAUUUUUUA